CUACUCGCAUUCGUUCUAUGUAUUCGGAGCAUACACGCGCUUACAAACGCGCUUACAAACGCUCGCGGCGCUGUCAGGACGAUUCAAAUGAAUUUUACAGCAUUCGUGUUAUGUUGCAUAUAAGACUUUGUGAGCUCCGGAAGUAAUUUCGGAAACACUAGAUUUACGAUGGCUACGCUCUGCCAGCUAAUCAAAUAAGAGCACGGCGUGGCUCUGAAAUGUCACGAGUAUGGGGAUACUAUCCGCGCAGCACUGGGCGUCUAGCACAAUGGGCGUCUGCUAGGCCGUUCUCAGGACUUGGUCGCCUGCUUGCGGUCACAAUUAUGUUAAUGCUCAAUGAUUAUGCUUUUGCUGCUGUAAGCGAUAGCUCCGUGUCCGUGGAGCUUGCUUUCGAGGCAUCCUUCUCCCGCUGCCUCGUGCACGCGGCGAGCGAUGGGGGCGGGUGUCCUGUGGCUCCGCGCAGCAGCACGUCCCGCUGCCUGCUUGAAGCGGAGAGCGUUGCCUCGGACAAACCAUUCGUGCCCAUACGCAUCGUCGCGCCUGUCAUCAGCUCAGUCUUGCCGUUGGUGUCUGCCAGUGCGGCCUUCGCGGUCAGCAGCGGCUCAAACUACUUAGCCAGCGGCCUACCGCCCCAAGGCGCAGCCGUGGUCACGGCCGCUGCCGCUGCCGCAGCCGCUGCCGCAGCCGCUGCCCGCGCAAAUCGCACACGGAGCAACAAUACCGCAGCAGCGAGCAGUACGAUGGCAGGUGCCAGCUCUCAGAUAAUCUCGGACGCAGUCGGAUUAGUGACUGCAACGGCCGCAACUACGCCGCUGCUGCUCAAUUGGACGCUCGUGGCCGGUACCGCAACAGUGAUGGAUGCAAUAAUUGGCUCCGACGUGUUCGGACCGGCCUCACACCACUCCUACGUGAUGCCGGCGACCGCCCUUGCGGACAUCGUGGAGAGGGGGCGCUGGCCAGCCGAUUUGUCAGCGCUGACAGGGGAUGACCCCGACCUAGACUGGCGGGGCAUUCUCCCGCUGUAUCGAGAGGUCCUGGCGGUGUACGAUGGCAAGGUGUACGGGCUGCCGUUCAAUGGCAUCAUGCAGGUCAUGUACUACCGGCGUGAUUUGUUUGAGGCUGCGGGGCUGCCGCCGCCCAGGACGUGGGCGGAGGUGCUGGCGGCUGCCGCGCGCUUUAACGGGACAGACCUGGACGGCGACGGCGUGGCGAAUGACUACGGCGUGUGCAUCUGGCAGCCGGCGGACUGCGAGCGCUUCGCCAUGCCUCUCACAACGCUGUUGGCGUCCUUAGUCCAGGCCCGCGGCCGCAACAGCGGACUGCAAAUGGAUCCAGAGACCGGCAAGAUGGCCCACAAUACGGUGGCGUGGGAGGUGGCGCUGCAGCUGCUCCGCAACCUGUCCAUGUUUGCGCCGCCGCCGCUGCCCUUGAUGACAUCCACCACCCGCGACUGCUUCAUCCUGACGCACUUCGGCGAGGGCAGAUGUGCCAUGGCCUUUACAAUGGCUGGGGUUUUUAAGGCGUACAGUCAUGUAGCCAACACCGCUUCCAAAGUGCGCGGGCGCAUGGGCGUGACGCCGCUGCCCGGAUCGCCUCACGUGCUGGACUGGGGACGGAACGAGCUGGUGCCGUGCACCUAUGACCGCUGCCCGUUCGCUGUUUCGUAUGGCCAGCCGGAGGACGUGCAGCAGUACCUGGCGCAGAGGUCGGAGCAGCAGAGGCAACAGCAGGCGGCCGCGUGUAAGACUGCAAAAGCUACCGGAUGUCCCGAGGGCAGUUUCAUAGGCUUACACCCUCCCCCACUUGAUUGGGACCCGUCCUCGGGGCCAACACGACGUCGGGUUCUCCGCGGGCGUGCGGCCCUCAGGGCCUAGUUCGGGUGGACGGCCCGCUUCAACUCUUUCGUUUUCGGGAACCCGCUAAUGCACGUUCCUGCGUCAAGCGUCAGGAUCGAUCCAGUGACCUGCCCCGUGGUAACAUAUCCCGUGGUCGCACCCGUGGUAACAAUAGGUCGUGCUGGUUCGGUCUCGAUACCAUUUGUAAGACUGC